GCAGAAGAAGUGACCCAUUGGACAAACUGAUCUGUUUUCAUGGUAUUAAAUAUCAGUAUCGAUAUCUGCCCUAAUUUUCACAUUGUCAUGGAUGAUGAAGACGGCAGGUGCCUUCUAGAUGUAAUUUGUGACCCAGAAGCUCUCAAUGACUUUCUUCAUGGAUCUGAGACCCAUUUGGACACUGACGACCUUUUGGAUGGUUCGAGUGACCCCUCCAGCUCGUUCUUCUCUACCACUGGGGGCCAUGUUCCAGAGGUCCAGCCUGCAGUCCAGCUGUCGGCCAAUGAGCCGGCAGGCCUGCCCAGGGUCAGUGUUGAUCUGGACUUCCUGGAAGAUGAUGACAUCCUGGGAGGAUCCCCAGGUGGUGAAGGUGGGAGCAAUGGCAUUGGGACAAAUCACGAGCCAUGUGACAUCCUGCAGCAGAGCUUGGCUGAGGCUAACAUCACAGAGCAGAGCUUACAGGAGGCAGAGGCUGAGCUGGACCUGGGCUCCUUUGGAAUUCCAGGCCUUACACAGGUGGUUCAGACACUGCCUGAUGCCAGCCUCUCUGGGGCUGGGGGCACCACUGUUGGUGUAGGCAUAGGUGUUGGUGUUGGGGGAGCAGCAGCAAUUUUCCCUGGGUCAGCGCCAAGCACCACCGCUACUCCUCCCAAUGCCACAGCAGACAUGUUGGGGUCAGUCCUGGCCCAGCAGGGCCUUCAACUCCAACCCCAGGUGAUGAAUAAGGCCAUUAGUGUUCAACCGUUUAUGCAGCCUGUGGGCCUUGGAAAUGUGACACUUCAACCCAUUUCAAGUCUUCAAGCUCUUCCUAAUGGGAGUCAGUCUGGACAUUUGGGUAUUGGACAGAUUCAGGUUGUGGGUCAGCCUACAGUCAUGACUAUCAAUCAGUCUGGGCAGCCGAUCCUAGCUAAAGCCAUGGGUGGUUACCAGCUGCACCAAUCUGGGCCUGAAGUAUCAGCUACUGGUUCUCAGGCGGCACUUGGAGGCUCAGGGGGUGGACUUCUGAUCCAAGGUAACAAAGCCACUUUGGGAUCUCCAGCUUUAAAUGGACCAGCUGUUUGUGUUAGCAGCACAAACAGCAGCAGUGGCACAAUGACUGCUCCUGCUGGGCUUGUGGGCUUUGGCAGCACCUCUCUAAGUUCAGGAAUUGGACCCCAGACGCAAACUCAAGGCCAAAUCAUGCAGAAUGUGAUCAUCCAGCGCACACCAACACCCAUUCAGCCUAAGCCUCCUCAGGGGGGAGCCAUUCAACCUAAACUCUUCAAACAACAACAGCAGCAACAGCAGCCGCAACAAACACCCCAACCAUCACAAAAUGAUGCCCACAAGACUCUAGGUUUGCAGCAAAUUCCAGUGUCUACUGCACAGAAUGUAGCCUUUCUGACUGGAAAGCCAGGCUCUAAUGUUGUCUUGAGUACUCAAGGCACAACACAAGGCCCUCAGUUUCAACAAACCCUAUUCAAACAACAAGCAGCACAACCAUCUGGCAAACCCCUUAGUGUACACUUGUUGAACCAAUCAGGCAGCAUCGUUAUUCCCUCUCAGACAGUUCUCCAAGGUCAGAAUCACCAGUUUCUCCUGCCACAGCUACAAGCCAGCGGCCAGAUCCUCACCCAAACCCCAGGCGGCCACAUUAUUACCAGUCAGGGGCCUAGUGGACAGCUCAUUGCAAACCAGAUUUUAACUGCAAACCAGAACAUUAACCUGGGUCAGGUGUUGACUUCACAGGGCCACCCUGGGGCUGCCCACAUCCUCUCUGGGCCCAUUCAGCUCCAGCCUGGCCAGAUGGGCACACCCACCCUCUUUCAAAUGCCUGUCUCAUUGGCUCAGAGUCAAAGUCAGACACAGACGCAUACGGUCUCGGGUCAUGCCCAGACGGUUAUACAGGGCAUGCCUAUCCAGAACUCCCUGACAAUGCUGAGUCAAGUGGAAGGGCUGAGCCCUGCUGUCAGUCUUCAGCCAGCCCUGCAACCACAGCCAGGUGGAGUCCCCAGCAGCAACAGCACAGGAGCAGCCACUAUGGCUCAAGGCCAACCUGGAGAGAGUGUUACUGUGCUGGGUAGCUCAACAGAUCAAGCAUCUCAUCCCUCACAGCAGCAUGUACCACAGUCCUCUAUCCUGGCCAUGCAACCAUCUUCUUCUGCGUCUGCUGCUACCACAAUACCCUCCUCUUCUCCGUCCAUGUCUGUGCCCACCUCUUCCUCUGUUACAGCAGUGGGGCUGGUCCCCCCUCAGGCUCAGCACAGUCCAGGACGGUUACUCUUCACCAACCAGGGCUCUAGUAUGAUCCUGAGUCAGGAGUCUCUGCAGAUGUUCCUGCAACAGGAGCAGCACCACCAAACAGAGAAUGAGUCAACCCCCUCUGUGGGCGUACCAGCAUCUGUAAUCGUCAGCAGCAACAACAUCACUGCUCCGGCCCCUGCUGUCCAUGACAGCCAAUUAACUGACUCCUGGGUGGGUCAGAGCCACAGCCCUUCCCCUGGCCCUUCCCACAUGACAGCAGUGGUAAAGCAGGUACCCUCUAGUGGACACAAGCAGCCCCUGAAGAUCCAGGGCAUGUCGCCUUCGCCAGGCUUGACGACCCACACCACGGCGCCCCCAGUGGCAGAAAGCCCCCAGCCUUCCCAGUCUCCUCUAACUUUGAGCCAGCAGAUCCAGUCCCCCCACCACCAACAGCACUCGCAUCCUCCCUCUCAGCCACAGACUCAAACUCCCUCUCGCUCAUGCACACCCUCGUCCCACCCCCCUCUCUUUAUUGUCCAUAAUCAAUUAGCAGAGUCGUCCCAAACAACUCCACAGGGCCAACCUCAGAAGACACAGCAGGCACAGCCCCAGCAGGCACACAUUCAAGUUCAGCUUCAGUCUCAGCCACGGCCGGCCUCCCAGCCUGCUCCUUAUCAGCAAGAUAUGCCUCCUAUGUCACAGUCGCCCAAGCCUCCUGCUGCACCACCUGCACAGCAUCAGUUUAGUGCUCCGCCUGUCAGCACUUCUGCCACUGCUGUAGUAAAAGCUCCAGUUCCCAUCCAGGGCUUAACAGCAGAGCAGCAGCACCACCUGCAACUGGUAGGAGCACAACUUCAGACCCUGUCAGGCAUCACUCAGCCCUCACCUCAGCAAAAACAGCUUAUGGACAAGCUGCACCAGGUUCAGCAGAACAUCCUGCUGCAAGCCAAGCAGUCUGCACAGCCCAAGCCUCAACCUCAGCCUCAACCUCAGCCUCAAUCCACUGGCCAGUUCAGCUCCCAGCAAGACGUGCCUGUUGAUAAAGUGGUGAUUGCAACAUCUUCCAGCACUGGUACACCUGCUCAGCUUCUGUCAGUGCUGCAGCCCACAUCAGUGCUUGUCAAAACCCCUGCUACAGCAGCAAGUGACUUACAGGUAUUCUCAGGCGCCCAAGGGGCAGCUGGAUCAGUGGUGAAUCAGACUGUCCCUCCUGCCAGCCUUACCCAGCCUGCCCAGGUUCAGCCAAAGCCAGGGGUGAUCAGCUCAGUAGGAGGGAUGAGUCUUGGGAAAGGCGGGAUGCAGAUACAAGUGUUAGGAACUAGUCUGACUCAAAUGCCUGCUCCACAGCCCCCAGCUCCAGCUCCUGUACAAACUCAGACAACAACGAUGAAGAUGCCUUUCAGUGCAGAGCCAAGCAAAGAAGCCAGGAUGCUGGAACAGCUAAGGAAACAGCAGGGUGCCGUGCUUCACCCGAACUAUAAUGCUCCUUUCUGCUCCUUUGAGGACACACUUAAUAGACUGCUGCCUUACCAUGUCUACCAGGGAACUGCCAACUCUUCUCAAGACUAUCAAAAAGUGGAUGAUGAAUUUGAGAAGGUCUCCUGCCAUCUUCUGAAAAGGACCCAGGCCAUGCUGGAUAAAUAUCGCUACCUGCUCUUUGCAGAGUCGAAACAGAGACUGGGCCCUUCGGCAGAGAUGGUGAUGAUGGACAGGAUGUUCAUUCAGGAGGAGAAGAUUGCGUUGAGCCAGGACAGAGUUUUAGCCAGGGAGAGACCAGAGGAGUUUGUGGCAAGUGCGCGUAUAUUGGAGGGUGUAUAUUCAUCACAACAGAAAUCAUCGUCUGCUGAGCCUGCGACUGAGACUGGAGAAGUAGCAGCUGCUCCUCUUCCUGCACCUCCAGCUCCUGCUCCAGCCCCUCUUCCAGACAUCCCCUCAAACCCCACUCCUGUACCCACCCAAGCUGCUGCUCCAACUUCAGUUCCUACUCCUGCUGCCAAUCCUACUCCAGCUCCAACUGCAGCACCGCCUGCCCCUCCUUCGGCCACCCCUUUCCCUCCCACCAAACUGGUGAUAAAGCAUGGGGGAGGUGGGGCAUCUGUGUCCUGGUCCAGCAGUUGUCCUGCACCUCCAGCUGCAUCGAGCAGGCUGGCUGAGCCCACCAGCCAGAGCACCCCUGCAAGUCGUGCUUCAGCACCAUCAUCCUCCUUCUCCUCUUCAUCUCUCAACUCUCAAGCUGCUGAUGAUGACGACGCUCUGCCACAGAGAACCAGCAAACCACCUAUGAAGACCUACGAGGCUCGCAGGAGAAUUGGCUUGAAGCUGAAGAUCAAACAGGAUCAAACAGGGUUCAGUAAGGUGGUCCACAAUACUGCCUUAGACCCAGUGCACACACCUCAACCUCAGCAGAGCAGUCAGUCCAUGUCCCAGCCUCAGACUCAGCUUCGCUUUGAAGAUGCAAAAUCCCACCCUUUAUCAUCUCCUCCUAAUACAGUCAUCAGAACUCAGUCCCCAGUAUGCACUGCUCCUGCUGCCUCAUCUGUCACCACAACAGCCACUCAGUGUAACCAAUCACUGAGAGGUAAUGUUUCCCACAAUGCAGCAUUUUCCACUACUUCGUCCUCCACUCAAAUGAACGGGACGUUGGAUCAUCACGAUGUAGGGGAGGUCAAACACAAUUCUAACUCCACUGCCACUCCCUCACAGACAACAUGUCGACUCCCCCUUCGAAAAACAUACAGAGAAAACAUCAGUCCCAGAGUAAGGCCUGGUGUCCCAGGGGGAGGAGAAGAGAGUUUCACGUACCCCAGACCUACACCAUCACCCCCCAAGCACGAGGCGUCCUCUCCUCCCUCAGAGAGGACAGUGAUAGCCAGUGUGAAGGUGGAGAAAAGAAGCAGAGACUCUUCUUACGUUCACACCGAAUCAAGCCACGAAACAGGCCGUUAUGGGAGUGCAAUGCAAGGGCUGGAUGACAUGGACGAGGUUUUUAACCGUGGUAUCAAAACCACACAGCACCAUCAUCUCCUCGACAGAGAGGGGGCAAAGGAGAGAGGGGAGGAGGGCACAGACCAAGAGACAGAUGUAGGUAAAUACAAGAGGGCGAGUGGAAAAAAUAGACAUAGGGCAGGUGGGACAUUCAGAAUGGACCAGCAUGCCCCUGGACCUCCCUCCCCUGAGUCCUCCUUCACUCGAGACUCUUUGCUUCCUGCCAAACGCUGUAAGUCAGACUCCCCUGACAUGGAUAACGCCAGCUUCUCCAGCGGCAGUCCUCCUGACGACUCUCUUAAUGAGCACCUGCAGUGUGCUAUUGACAGCAUCCUAAACCUGCAGCAGGAACCCUCUGCCCGCGGGCAACACAUUAAAGGGGGCAACAGCAGGUCCCAUCAACACCAAAGCCAGCGCCCAGGGAGCUCGGCAGCCUCAUCCCACAGACCCUCAGUCCCACCCUCUUCUUCGUCCUCAUCCUCUUCCUUGGCCCAGCACCCUCAGGUUGGUGGCCGUGGCCACAAUGGCAGCCUGGUGCCCCAAACUCAAAGCAGAUAACAGCCCCUCAGCCUAAGGCCGGACUGACACAGGGAGCUUAGAGACAGAUGUGGAGGCAGGGGAAAAGGGGCACUGUGAAAACAGUAUCACUGUACUACUCUGCCAAGCUGUGUUUGCUUUGUCCAUUUGAAUUGUCCAGACAUUUCUUUGUCAUUUACUACCUGAGGUAGACCUGUGGUGAAAACGGCGAGGGUGUGGUCAAAUGCAGACUUGAUGGAGCCACACAAUUGUUUCUCUUUUCUCGGCCAUGCUUUAGUAAAAAACAAAAUUUGCAGAGGGUUUUGUUCUUUUUCCUUCUUUAUUCAACUGUAAUCUUUUUUGCUUCUCAUUCACUAUUCAUACAUUCCUUUCACAUGUGCCCCGAUCUUAAUCAACAGCGGUUUAUUUCCUGCUCUCUACAGCGAGCCAGUGAGCAUCAGGCAGCUAAAUUUAAGGGUUCAAAAAGCAGAAAGUUUCUUUAACCUGCAGCUCAGAGAAAAGGGGAUUCCAGGAUUGUCCUGAAAAACAUGACUACACAUGCCGUUUUCAUUUAAAAAUACUCUCAGACCUCUCUUGGUUGAUACUGCCUAUUAGCAGCAAACAGGACAUGCCAACAUGUUACAGCCCACUUCCUAAAAAAAGCAAAUUCUUCACCUGGUGAAUGAAAUUAAGGGUUGAGUUACAAUGCUUAAAAGGCAACCUCUCUUUGUCUGUGAUCAGCAUUACAUAUACUGAAAAAACCUGCUUUUACAUAUGCAUUUUACAGUGAAAAUGUUCUCUUUAGGGUACUGUCAGGAUGUAAAAAAAAAAGCGUUCUAAGGAAAUUCAGUUUUGUUCUGGUUCCACUGUAAUGAUUUUCACGGUUUCUCGUCUUUAGACCAUGCGUCUGCACACAGCUGCCCUCUCGCUGCUCGUGAUGUCAGGUUAGGACUUUUGGCAUUUCUGCCAGCAGGGGGCAGGCUUGUUCUAACAGUUCUCUGUUCUUGGUCUGUUUUAACUUUCUGCCACUGUAUCCCUGCCUCCCAUGUGUGUUUUGUUUGUCGUUUACGGCCCGGUGGACAACUCAAACACGAACACGGCACAAGCGUUGACAUGGAAAAAAGGAACAAUAAUAAUGUACAAAAGACCGUAAGAGAAUUUGAAGUAUAGUAUUACAGAUUAAUUUUGUAUUGUAUUUAUUGUGUAUAAUGACACUUUUUAAAAAGAAAUGUACAUUUAGUAAAACUGUAAAUUAAA